UGAUGGCCUUUUUAUCAUUUCCUCUGGCCUGCUGACCCUGCCUUUGAGUACCGGUAGAUAGUGUUGGUCUGUCAGUGUGGACGGGAGGCGGGCGCGUCUGGCUGUGAACGUACGUGGGUAGCCAACUUGUGACUGCGCUUACGUGUGUUUCUUGAAAUAGAAGCAGAGCUCCCAGCAGCAGGGUCAGCAAAUUCCGGAAGGACAUGGCGGCGGCAGGGGGCUUGAUGGCAGCGUUGGUGACGGCAGUGUGGUUGCUGUGGUGGCAGUUAGUAACCACACAUGACGCCCACGCCUACGCACACGCACAUACAAUCAUCCGCAGACGAAUUCUUGAUGUUCUUCGACACCCCAGCACCAUGGUUAACAUGAGCACGGUCGAGAUGAUACAGGCGAACGGUUACCUCGCUGAGACGCAUCAGGUGGAGACUCAGGACGGUUACAAGUUACAGCUCCACAGGAUACCAUAUGGCCGCUCCUCCUUAUCCUCUUGCUCCCCCUCCUCCUCCUCCCCCAAGUGUUCCCCUCCACCCUCCUCUUUUACCUCUCGUCCUCCUGUCCUCCUCCACCAUUGCCUCCUCUGCUCCUCCUCAGAUUUUGUCAUGAAUUCUCCAGACAAGGCGUUGGCCUAUGUCCUUGCCGAUGCUGGCUACGACGUGUGGCUGACCAACGCGAGGGGCAACACCUACUCGAGGGCCCAUGCCACGCUGACACCUGACCAGAAGGAGUUUUGGGAGUUCAGCUGGCAUGAGAUGGGCAUGUAUGACCUACCGGCUGCUAUCGACUAUGUACUGGACACCACUUCGAAACCCACCCUCGACUAUGUGGGCUUCAGCAUGGGCACCACCGUGUUCUGGGUUAUGCUGAGUGAACGCCCGGACUAUGCUGAGAAGGUUAAUGUGAUGGUCGCAAUGGGCCCCGUGGCUUUUGUCCAGCAUGUCCAGGGACCACUUCGCUUUGCUGCCCCCUUCGUCAACAUCAUCGAACGCAGCCUCAGCAUGGCCGGAAGAUACGAGAUGCUGUCCUUCGGCUCUUUCAUGGACCGCAUGCUCUCGGUGUUCUGUGACGAGAGGGCCCUCACAGCCGCUAUCUGCCACAACCUCCUCUUCCUGGUGGCCGGCCCCAACCCCACCAGGCUCAACAAGAGUUUCUUACCUGUCCUCCUGGCACACACACCUGCUGGCACAUCCGUCCGCACCGUCACCCACUUCCUGCAACUCAUCAACUCAGGAACGUUCCGCCAGUACGACUUUGGGCACUUUUCAAACCUCGCCCACUAUGGCUCGCUAACCCCACCCGACUACAACCUCUCCCGUGUGGCGUGUCCUGUGGGGUUGUUUUGGUCCCCUGCUGACUGGCUGGCAACCCCCGAAGACGUGAAGAGGUUGGAGACGCACCUGCCCAACCUCGUCCAGUCCAAAGCAGUGCAAGAUGAUGCAUUCUCUCACCUGGAUUUUGUGUGGGCCUCGGACGCAGAAGAGCUUGUGUACAGAGAUGUGCUGAAGUUUUUGAAGAGUUUCCACUAAGAGUUACAGUAGUAGUAGUAGUAGUAGUAGUAGUAGUAGCCAUAGUAGUAACAGUAGUAGUACAAAAUAUAAGGAAAUAGUUUUAUAAGAUGUAUUUUAGUAUCAUCUCAUUUAUAUUAUAUUGUCUUUAUUUUGUUUGAGUUUGCAAUAGAUUAUAAGAACUAUUUUUAUCAUUAUUAUUAUUAUUAUUAUUAUUAUUAUUAUUGUUAUUAUUAUUAUUAUUAUUAUUAUUAUUAUUAUUAUUAUUAUUAUUAUCAUUAUCAUUAUCGUUAUUAUUAUUAUUAUUAUUAUUAUUAUUGUUAUUAGUAGUAGUAUUAUGUUUUUUUAUUACUAUUAUUAUUAUUAUUAUUAUUAUUAUUAUUAUUAUUUUAUUAUUAUUUUAUUAUUAUUAUUGCUAUCAUCAUUGCUACCACCAUCAUAUUUAUUAGUGUAAGUAGCGAGGGCAACACGGGCAGAGAAUUCCAAGAAACGAGUAAGAAGCAAACUCUAAGUAGGUACUCACUUCUCUACCCGUGUCAUUACCUAAGCUUACCAAUGUCUCCAUGUUAUCAUUGUUACUGACUUCAUGUAUCAAGUUUCUCCUAGUAAAAUGUGUUGUUUUCUCAGAGCAUUAUUUCUCAUUAUUAUUAUUAUUAUUAUUAUUAUUAUUAUUAUUAUUAUUAUUAUUAUUAUUAUUACCUGUUGGAGAGUAAGGCAGGUUGGUUGGAUGAGAGAGAGAGAGAGAGAGAGAGAGAGAGAGAGAGAGAGAGAGAGAGAGAGAGAGAGAGAGAGAGAGAGAGAGAGAGAGAGAGAGAAGCCAAUCAUCUUAUCUUCAUUCCUCCUCACUCAUUACCCUUAUCUGCUUUCUGCCUUUCCCCUCCUUCCCUUAUCAUCUCAAGCUGUUUUGGUGUGUGUGUGUGUGUGUGUGUGUCCAUGAAACUUUUUUUUUGGGGGGGGUCGGGGGGUAAGGAACCUUGUUUUGUAUACCGGCAUUAGAAUAAUAUCAUUCACAAACUUUUGAACUAACUUCUUACAUGAAGGAAACUAAGCAGACUCUCUCUCUCUCUCUCUCUCUCUCUCUCUCUCUCUCUCUCUCUCUCUCUCUCUCUCUCUCUCUCUCUCUCUCUCUCUCUCUCUCCUUCUUUCCUUCACGUCAUGAGAAGCCCAUGUAGGUAUGUACUGCCUGGGGGGAUGGGAUAGCAUGCUCCUCCCUUCUCCUUUGUUGUGAAAAAUCAACAAUAAACUUAUCAAUCAAUGAAUUUAACUCACAUGGAAUCUUAGACAUUAUCGUCAUAAUCCUCAGACGAAUAUGAACAAUUUUCAUCUCUUUCCUUGUAAAUAGAAGAUCGUCUCGGACAUCUCAGCUGUCGCCUGACCAAAGCAAUUGCAUUCGGUACUUGGUUGACUCGGUUUUGAAGAGAAAUCAAAACCAAAUUACUCGGCUCCCACCUUGGAGGAAAAAUACGUAUUCUUCCUCCAAGGUUUCUACAAUCCUCUGUAUUUUAUUUUUCUUGGAGGUGCCGUUAGUACCGUUACAAAGACUGACCUAGGAAAAAUUCCAAAUCACCUGUAACAUCAAGAUCAAGAUCAAUCUCGGGCCCUCUUCCUGCACCUUCCCCUCUCGGCUCCCACGAUGUUCAAGCUGAUGCCCUCAGCCCCCGAGCCUCGCCGGCCUGAGCGGGGCGGCGUGAAGGGCGCGCUGCUCAGUGUGUACUACGACCCCUUCAAGUGGUCAGUGUUCAAGAGCGUUGUCUUCUUCGUCGUUGGAGUGAAGACAGCGAACGAUUUUGUCGGGUUUGAUGUCCUGAGUCCUAGCCCCCCAUAGAGGAAGCAGAAGUGGGCCCCCCUACCCCUAGAGGCACCCCCCACCAGAGAGAGAGAGAGAGAGAGAGAGAGAGAGAGUAAUAUGUACAUAAUUUGAGCACUUGCCUAAUUUUUUUUUCAUUGUAAUUAUGUAUAAAUGAAUUGUUGACUGGAUAAAUGAAUAAACUUUUGUCUGGUGUA